GAUACCAAUAUAGUGUACAGAAACAUAAUACAACGGGUUUUUUUUAAUGGUACAUCGUACACAACACCGGUUUGUACCGGAUGUGUUGUCAUGAAAACGCGACCCAACCGGAUGUUAGUAAUAGAAAGUGGAAGAAACGGCAUCACCAUGAAUACCCGAGGACUUCGCUCUCAGCUGAAGGACAGCGUGCCUGUGGCCGGCUUUAAUCCACAGGGAGCGUAUGGAGUGCAGGACUCUCUGAGGAGCGGCUUUACCAGCGUAAAGAAUGAGCUCCUUCCAAGCCAUCCACUGGAGCUGUCUGAGAAAAAUUUCCUGCCAAACCAGGACAAGAUGAAUUUCUCUACACUCAGAAACAUCCAGGGUCUUCAUGCUCCGCUCAAACUGCAGAUGGAGUACAGGGCAGCUAGACAGAUCCAGCGUCUGCCGUUCUUACCGAGUUCAAACCUGGCUCUGGAUACGCUGCGAGGCAGCGACGAGUCCAUCGGCUUCGAGGACAUCCUCUGCGAUCCAGGCCAGAGUGAAAUGAUGGGCGAGCCACACAUGAUGAUGGAAUACAAACUGGGACUGUUUUGAAAGAAGAUGGACACGCAUAAUACACAGUUACUCACAUAGAUUUAGGUUUAUUAUUUGUCUGCAUACAUUUGUUUAUUACCUCAGAAAUCACCAACUGAGGUUUUCUCUCUCUGUAAUCUUUUGGGAAAGAAAGGGGCUUAAUGGUUGUGUGUGUGUGUGUGUGGGGUGGGGUUACCCUGUUAAUGACAUAGAUCUGGAGUGUUAAACAGACAAGCAAUCAGUGCUGCUUUUUGUAUGAUUCCAAUCCGGUUGGUAUUUCUAAUAAACUUCAUAACCUUCCUCAUGA